AUGACAAUAUCCAAGCAAGUCAGUCGGAUCGCGGUCAUUGGUGCUGGUCCCUCCGGUCUCGCCGCAGUCAAAUAUCUUCUCGCUGAGAAGUGCUUUGAUAAGAUUGAUGUCUUCGAGAAGAGGAGCGCCGCUGGUGGCGUGUGGAAUUACUCCUCCAGGGCAUUGAAAAAGGAAAUGCCUACUCCGGUACCACAGCUCAACCCCAAUGGGCCGCUUGAGGACCCCGUCUGGGGUCCAACGGGUCCAAAAGAUGCAGCAAGUGAAGUAGAAUUUGUCUCUCCGGUCUAUGACACGCUAGAAGCGAACUUGCCUAAAGAGUUGAUGCGGUUCUCGGAUAAGCUAUUUCCUGAUCAGGAGCAGGUCCUCCCGAGGCACUCGGUGGUCAAGAAAUAUCUACAAGAAUACGCAGAGGAUGUGAAAGACUUGAUUCAACUGGAGACUCAGGUACAAGACUUGAGACCAAAUCCUUCCGGUCCCAGCAGCUGGGCGUUGACGACAAGGAACUUGCGCACCGGAGAGGACAAGACGGACUCCUACGAUGCCGUGGUUGUUGCCAGUGGCCACUACGAUGUCACCUAUCUGCCGGACAUUUCCGGCAUUCGAGAAUGGAAUAAGGCGUAUCCCGGAGUCAUAUCUCAUUCCAAGCACUACGACUCGCCGCCGAUCUUCCGUGAUAAGAAGGUCGUGGUAGUAGGGAGCUCUGCAUCUGCGAUUGAUAUUGGUGCUCAGAUAAACGAAGUGAGCAAGGGGGAGCUGCUGGUUUCAGAGCGUUCAGGGUCUUACUUGCAACCUCCGACUACCGAUAAGAUCUAUUUCCCUGAGAUCGUGGAAUUUUUGUCGCCAGCUAGCCAUAAUCGGGCCAUUCUGUUUGCAGACGGCCGGAUUGAAAGUGAAAUCGAUGCAAUCGUGUUCUGUACCGGCUAUCUAUACUCGUUCCCUUUUCUGUCUUCGCUCGAACCGCCUGUCAUCACCGAUGGUCGCAGGACAAUGAACGUAUACCAGCACCUAUUCUAUACAUAUAACCCGACUCUGGUCUUUCCUCUCAUGACACAGAGGAUUGUACCAUUCCCGUUUGCUGAAAGCCAGGCGGCAGUCUUUGCCCGUGUCUGGUCUGGUCGCCUAAGCAUUCCCUCACAGGCUGAGAUGAUAGCCUGGGAAAAAGAGUUAAUUGCCGAAAGAGGCAAUGGAACUUUCUUCCAUUAUCUCCCAUAUCCACAAGAUGCGGAUAAUAUGGACCUGCUUUACAACUGGGCCGCGAGCGCUGAAAAGCGGGCUGGGCUGGCCGAGGACGGAGCGGGGAGACUGCCCCCUCUGUGGGGAGAUAAAGAAAGAUGGCUGCGGCAACACUUCCCGGACAUACGGAAGGCAUUUAUUGAGCAAGGCGAGGCUAGACGGAACAUCAAAAGCGUUGCUGAACUCGGCUAUGACUAUGAACAGUGGAAGGAACAAGAGCAAGGGCCUGAAUAA